UGUCAAUGUCAAGCAACCAUCAAACUGGUAAAUAAGUGAAUGGAUUGAAUUUAUUGUUCGAUCAAUAACUUAAUCUCAAUUUGUUUAUAAAAAAAUAAGUGAGAAGUCCAAAAUAUUUAAUUAUUCGUAAAGGCCGGCAAAAAUAAAAUGACGGCUAAUAACGAAUAUCCAAAAGCGUCAAAUGCCACUUUGAUUGGUGCGAGUAUAACGUAUAUUGGUGGCCUUUUUCUACUUCUAUCAUUUGCCGGCCCGUACUGGAUAGAAUCAUAUUCCGAAAUGUUUUCGCCUUUCAAACAUAUGGGGCUAUGGGAGUAUUGUUUCGAUCGUUUCAGAUUUCCCUCAUUUCAAUAUGAUAAGUUGUUCCAUGGCUGUCACUACAUUUUUAGUGAGGAAUACUAUGUGAUUAGAGAGUGGCUCCUGCCAGGAUGGUUGAUGGCUGUCCAGGCGUUUGUAACGUUGGCUCUCAUAUUGUCACUGACAGCACAAGUUCUGCUGGCAUGUGUGAUUGUUCGUUGGCCAUUGAGAACAGUUCUUUGCUAUGAAUGGAUAUUUGUAUCUUCUGCAUUUGCAAUGGUUGCAAUUUCAAGUGCAUUUCUAUUCCUGGCUGUUGCUAUAUUUGGAGGAAACUGUUAUCGCCGCAGCUGGUUGCUGUAUCCAUCAUUCAAUGUCCUGUCUUGGUCUUAUGCAUUUGCUGUUAUUGCAUUUAUAUUAUUUGGUCUUGCAGCUAUUCUACUAUUCUUGGAGGCACGGAAGUUGUAUGAGUUGCGUUUGGAGGCAAAGAACUUGGUGGCUCAGAUGCAGCACAGCCAGCCUGAGCAUGCACUGCAUCAGCUUCGUGACCAGUUGCAGCAACAACAGCAACUCACUUACUAUAGACAUUAAGGUUUUUUAUUUUCCUUACUUACAUUUCAAAGACAUUUCAUGUAUACAUUUUAUAUCAAUAGAUGGGACAUUACGAAUGAAAUCAUAAGCUGGAAAUGAUGUGUCACUUGUGUAGUUUGUCACUUAUGACAGACAUAUUUCAAGUGCUUGUAAUGUCCGCAAUCUCUUUGGUAGAUUCACUUUUUUUUUUACUAUUUUA